AAUCACUUUGCAUUUUUUUUUUACACUGUGACUUUCAUUUGUAGCAGCAGGGAGAGACGCAGACGGGAUUGUGCUCGAGAUCACCGCGACCCGGAAUCGAGCAGCUUCUCAACACUCACAUUCCAAGAAUAUUUGGAGCCCCUGGCAUGAGUUAAACACAACGAAGUGGAUCGCUCUUGAGUUUUGGCGUGCACGGUCGACUUUGUCGGUCGUUUACUUUCCACUUUUGAUUUUUGCAAGAAGACUUGACCGCCUUGAAUCACAGGCAGACAAGCCAGGGAAAGCAGAAGUCUCAACUCGCCUCGGGCUCUCGUUCUGCAGGCAUGUCGCAGAAAGAAAGACCAACUUUUUAUCGACAGGAGGUCAACAAGACGAUAUGGGAGGUCCCUGUGCGAUAUAAGAACUUAUCUCCCGUCGGCUCUGGUGCAUACGGAUCUGUUUGCUCUGCAUAUGAUGAAAAGACCGGAUUGAAGGUCGCUGUGAAGAAGCUGUCAAGGCCGUUUCAGUCCAUUAUUCAUGCCAAGCGGACCUACAGGGAAUUGAGGCUACUCAAGCAUAUGAAACAUGAGAAUGUGAUUGGCUUGCUGGAUGUUUUUACACCUGCCACCAGCCUGGAGGAGUUUAAUGAUGUGUACCUGGUGACUCAUCUAAUGGGUGCUGACCUGAACAAUAUUGUGAAGUGUCAGAAGCUGACCGAUGAUCAUGUUCAGUUUCUUAUUUACCAGAUCCUGCGAGGGCUUAAGUACAUCCAUUCGGCUGACAUAAUUCACAGGGACUUGAAACCCAGUAAUCUGGCAGUAAAUGAAGACUGUGAACUUAAGGUGAGUGUCUUUUUUAGUAUUAUUAUUUUAGUUAUACUUUUGCUUGCCUGUAAACAUAACUACCUGCCUCCUCUCUUUUUUGUAUUUCAGAUCCUUGACUUCGGUCUGGCUCGACACACAGAUGAUGAGAUGACAGGGUAUGUGGCCACAAGGUGGUACCGUGCUCCAGAGAUCAUGCUUAACUGGAUGCACUACAACAUGACAGUGGACAUUUGGUCAGUGGGCUGCAUCAUGGCUGAGCUGUUGACAGGCAGGACUCUGUUUCCUGGCACAGAUCACAUUGAUCAGUUGAAGCUUAUUAUGCUUCUGGUUGGAACUCCAGGACCUGAGCUGUUAAUGAAAAUUUCUUCGGAGUCUGCUCGUACUUACAUCAACUCACUUCCUCAGAUGCCCAAGAGGAGUUUUGCUGACGUGUUUAUCGGAGCUAAUCCACUAGCUGUGGACCUUCUAGAAAAGAUGCUGGUCUUGGACACGGAUAAGCGCAUCACUGCGGCGGAGUCUCUGGCUCACCCGUACUUUGCUCAGUACCAUGACCCAGAUGAUGAACCCGAGGCAGAGCCUUUCGACCAGAGCUUUGAGAGCCAAGAGCUUGAUAUUGAAGAGUGGAAACGUCAGACAUAUGAAGAGGUGAUAAGUUUUGAGCCGCCAGUCUUUGAAGGAGAUGAAAUGGAAUCUUGACCUUCUCUUCUGGAUGGCAAUCAAACCAACUGUACUACUUUUACAGUAAUGCUGUUAUUUUGCAGUAUUGUAAUCAGCCAGGCAGUAGGACGUUUGACUGUUUCUUUUCUUUUUUAUGAUGUCUGCUGGGCCAAACAGAAGGAAUAGAUGUCAUAGAAAAUCCUUAUUUCACACAUUGAAUCUCUUCAAAAGAUUCUGAUAGUAAUACAGUCAACAAUUUUAGUCAUGCAAAUCCAUUUGUAAAUGUAACAUCUCCCUGAAAUGUCUUAGUUGUGCUGUCAUAAUGUUCUUUGUGUACAAUGCAUUACAUUUGCAGUACUUUUAAAAUGUUCAGAAACAUUGUUCAUUUAGUUUCUGUUCAUAUAUUUUUCCAGUGAUAUAAUGAGCAUUGUAUUUAAAGAAUGAAAGUGUUGCUCCUUACUCAGUUUUCAUAAAGAUGGGAUUUAUUGGCUUGUACUUUGAUAGAGCUAGGAUGAAAACUUUAAAUUGUUGCAUUGGGUAUUGGUGAUACAUUUAGGCUGUUUGUAAAUAUACGUUCUAUAAAGCUUUUCGAAUCUGUAGCGGUUUUAUCUGAUCUUUUUCACAUUGUUUGUGUGUGUUUCAUAGGGAGAGAAAGUGUCUGUUUGUCUUUCUGUCUGAGGUUACUACUAUGAACUGUAUGCGACACGAUUCUGCCUCCAAUAGCUGUUUUUAAAAUGCUAUUAAUUGAAUGUUCAAAUAUGAAAGUAGAGUAAAAUAUUUAUAUACUGUUGAGGUGGUAUUUAUGAACCUGAAAAACACCUGACAUAGUAAACAUUGAAUCAAACACACCAUUGUUUACGGAAAAUAAAGGCCGAUAUUUUUCAGAAA